AUGCCUGACACUCCCCAGCCUGCGGGUCCUGGCGGCUUCUUUCCGUUACAAUCUCUCCCUUCACCUGCUCCUAGCAGUGGCUCGGCGCGCUCAAGUGCGGCUUUGCCGCAUCCCCGCGCCAGAUCGCUCCGACCCGGUUCCAACAAAGAAGAGACGGUACGCCGGUACGUUGAGGAACGUCUCGCCAUCGUCAAUCGUCGUUAUGUCAAGAAGCAUGGCAAUGCCGAGCCCGGCGACGAGGUCAUAGGCUACAAGAGCUUCACGGAGCUUUGCAAGGACCUACAUAACGUCAUCGACGUCCUAUGGCUGUCUGGAACACGUGAGAAACUCGCCUACCUCCCUCAACUAUCGGCGUUGCUUCGAGUCAAACGCCGGUACUAUUGCUUACUCUGUCUUGUAGCAAGCAUACAGAUUCCCUUCCUCUUAAACAUUGCCAGCGACUUCACGCAGUGGAUUGACGCCUUUAAUCCCGCCCCGAAAGCUACCUUCUCCAUCUUGAAAAAACUGGAUCAUUGCUUCGCAAGCCUUUUGAUCGGACGCGACAUCGAGACUAAAGAUACUUUGCCCGGCUUUGAGAACGGCAUGAGAGCUGGUAUGUCUACGACAGACAUGGUGCGAUGUCGUAGCUCGGUGGAGCAGACACGACUGGUCAUUGUGGAGGUCCUUAGCAAGGAGCGCGACGGAGACGACGAUACAGAAAACGACGAGACAGACGAAGAUUCCAUGAAUAGCGACGCUGAACUCGAAGACGCGGUGGACGCGACGUGGGACGAAGACGAGGACACACUUUACAUGGACGCAGCACGAGUCUAUGAGCACACCAUUGUGAGGUUAGGUGAGAAGCUGGGAGAUGUAUUUGGACCUGCGGUUCCAGGUGCGAGCGGUGAUACCGUCUGCCCUGCCGGUUGA